AUGGCCAUGAUUGAUGUCUCUCGGCAGAGGAGGUCGCUCCUGAAGGAUGCGGCUGCAUUGGACCAUCUGCCCGCUGAAUUACUUGAAAUUAUCAAGCAUCAGUCGUCAACGAAGCUCUUCGAUGCUGUAUCAGAAGCCGCGCUCAUACCAUCACUUACAGAGAGAAUCUUUGUGCAUUUCGAAGAUGUGUUUUCAGACAUUUGCGCACGAUGGAUUCUCAACGCCGGCAACGGACCACGACGGUUCUUAAUUGCGUCAGCUAUUGCCAGGAUUUUGCCAUUUGCGCCGUAUCUCUCGACUUUUCUUCAAUGUCCCGCCAGAGCUGGAGAGGAAGCGGCGCAGGGACCUUCGCUUCACUUGGCCUUAUUAACAUACUGGAGACUUUUCAGCUUCGACCUGAGAACUUUCAGCUCAUUAAUCCCCCCCGAGUACCUGCAGAGCUUGUUUGCGCAUCAGAGCAGGGCAGUGAGAUACCUUGCCAUUCGCAUCUUCUGCCAGCUGUUCCACGCCUCCGAUUUCAAGCUUGAGUCGCUUAUCGAAACACACGUUGGCAAUGCGAAUGCCAUCAAAGCCGAUUUCGACGGUGCAUCGGUGGAUUAUGGAUUCUUGUCGCUGCAUGAACAAGCCCGCGCCAAGAGGAUCAUCGCAUUACGGCAGCAGGUGAAGCGAUAUGCUCAAGACCCCGAAGAUGAUUGCCAGCCUUUACUCCAGUCUCUCACUCAGCAUGCAGUGUCCUAUGGCAAAAUCGUUCUUCCGCGACCAUCCGUACCGACUGGAGGCCCAUCGGAUCUUGUUAUGACUGCGACAACUACUAAUAAUCUCGAACGGCUCGCUGCCAUGAUCCGCAAUCCCGAACCUAUCCUUCUUCAUGGCCUGCCGGGUGUUGGAAAGACGGCGCUAGUCCACGAGAUGGCCAAGCAACUCGGAAUGUACUCCGGCAUGGUUACGCUGCACUUGAACGAGCAAACAGACGCAAAGAUGCUGAUAGGCCUGUACUCGACGGACUCAAAACCGGGCAGCUUUUCAUGGCGCCCAGGUGUACUGACCACAGCCAUCAAGGAAGGCAGAUGGGUAUUAGUGGAGGAUCUCGACCGAGCCCCUACCGAAGUUCUCAGCACUUUCCUUCCUCUGAUUGAGCGGAACGAACUGUUGAUCCCGAGCCGAGGAGAGAGGAUAAAAGCUGCGAAUACCUUCCGUCUUUUUGCGACUGUGAGGACGUCAAUGGGUAUGAAUGGACGCGAAAAUCUGCCUAGCAUUGUCGGCAUGCGAUUCUGGCAAUCCCUGUAUACAGAGCUCAUGGUUCAAUCAGAGCUGGAGGAAGUGGUUUUGCAGACGCAUCCUAUUCUGCACAAGUUUCUUCCCGGAAUAAUCGCUGUCUAUGGCCGUCUGACCCAAGUCAGCGGCGGAUCUCGAUCAUUAUCCCGCGGACGAGCACUUAUGGAUCGACAGAUGAACCUCAGAGACCUGUUAAAAUGGUGCCGGCGACUACAAGAGUGCUUGCUAGCUGCAGGAUCAACGACUGGAGAUGAGCCGAUAACUGAGACUACACGAGACUGGAUGUUCAUGGAAGCAGUCGACUGUUUUGUGGGAAGCUGUCCGGAUGAUGAGCUUGGCAAACAACUCAUUUAUGCCAUUGCGGAGGAGAUGCAUUUGUCCAAAGAACGGGCAGACCAUUAUUUGACUGCCAAUAUACCCCCUUUGGAAGAGAAUGAUGUUCAAUUCAGCAUUGGGCGAGUCCAGCUACGGAAAAAGAAGACUGUGGCCAAGCUGCAAAAGUCAAAACGACCCUUCGCAAGCACUUCGCAUGCCAAGAAGCUCUUGGAACAGAUCGCUGUAGCUGUCAAGCUCAACGAACCGGUGCUUCUUGUCGGAGAGACAGGUAUAGGAAAAACGACAGUCGUUCAGCAGUUGGCUGAGUCGCUUGGCCAUAAGCUUAUCGCGGUCAAUCUUUCACAGCAAAGUGAGGUGGGCGACCUUUUGGGUGGCUUCAAGCCCGUCAAUGUCCGAAGUCUUGCGGUGCCCCUGAAAGAGGAAUUCGAAGAUCUCUUUUCAGCGACAGGGAUAUCUGCAUCCAAAAACCAAAAGUAUCUCGAGCAGGUCGGAAAAUGCCUUGCCAAAGGACAGUGGUCAAGACUAUCUAAGCUGUGGAGGGAGGCUCCUAAAAUGUUUCUCAAAAUUGUGUCUGAGUUGGAGCGGGCUCACUCAGAAAAGGCCGAGGCGAGAAACGGAGAUGAUUCACAACCGACAAAGAGACGGAAGACCCAGUCUAAGCUGCAAACGCUGCUGGAACUCAAGCCUAGAUGGGAUCAGUUUGCCCGUACUCUCGAGCAAUUUGAUAUACAAAUUUCAGGUGGAAACGCCUUUGCAUUCUCAUUUGUGGAAGGAAAUUUGGUAAAGGCCGUCAGAAAUGGCGACUGGGUUCUUUUGGAUGAAAUCAACCUAGCCUCUCCAGACACCCUUGAGAGCAUUACAGAUCUGUUGACGGGACCCAACGAGAGGCCGUCCAUCCUUCUCUCUGAGACGGGAGAGAUUGAAAAAAUUGUGGCACAUCCAAACUUUCGCAUAUUUGGUGCAAUGAACCCGGCGACCGAUAUUGGAAAAAGAGAUUUGCCUAUUGGUAUUCGAUCGAGGUUCACUGAGCUUUAUGUGAAAAGCCCCGAUAAGGACUUGAAGGAUCUCCUUACCAUAAUCAAGACAUACUUGGGCAAUGGCAGCAACAAGAAUGACCAAGUGGGAGAUGAUAUCGCACGCCUGUAUCUCAACACGAAGCGAAUGGCAGAAGAGAAGCGUUUGGUAGACGGAGCGAAUGAAGUCCCUCACUUCAGUCUUCGUACGCUAACUCGAGUGCUGAGCUAUGUCAAUAUGAUAGCCCCCUUUUAUGGUUUAAGACGAGCAAUGUAUGAAGGAUUCUCCAUGGGUUUCUUGACAUUACUGGACCGAAACUCGGAGAAGAUGCUUCUGCCGCUUAUUUAUCACCACCUUCUGGACAAGCAUGGAAAUCCGCAGUCAUUACUAUCCCAGCCUCCAAAGCAACCGGGCGACGGUAGACAGUAUGUCAAGUUUCAAAACCAGAGCCGGGAUCGACAUUACUGGCUCUUCCAAGGCGAGCAGACACCCAUUGAGAGAGACGAUUACAUUAUUACUCCUUACGUGGAGAGAAAUCUUCUCAAUCUUGUCCGAGCAACUUCUACUAGGCGCUUCCCUAUCCUGAUUCAAGGACCUACAUCGGCCGGUAAAACCAGUAUGAUUGAGUAUUUGGCAAAUUUCACUGGAAAUAAGUUCGUCCGAAUCAAUAACCACGAGCAUACCGAUCUUCAAGAAUAUCUGGGCACUUAUAUUUCAGGGCCAGAUGGGAAACUACGCUUUCAAGAGGGUCUUCUCGUUCAGGCCAUGCGACAGGGACACUGGAUCGUUCUUGAUGAGUUGAACUUGGCACCGACUGAUGUACUUGAGGCUCUCAAUCGUCUACUUGAUGAUAACCGCGAGCUGUUAAUUCCUGAGACGCAGGAGGUUGUUAAGCCUCACGAGAACUUCAUUCUCUUUGCUACUCAGAAUCCUCCUGGCCUUUAUGGAGGCAGAAAAGUGCUAUCUAGGGCGUUCCGAAAUCGAUUUCUCGAACUUCAUUUCGACGACAUUCCCGAAGAUGAACUGGAAUACAUUCUCCAGCAGCGAAGCCGCAAUACCUCACCCCCCGAUUGUAGGCGCAUUGUCAAUGUCUACAAGGAAUUAUCACGACUCCGUCAAACUAGCAGACUUUUUGAGCAGAAAGACAGCUUCGCCACUCUUCGAGAUCUAUUUCGAUGGGCUCUCAGAAAUGCAGACACACGUGAAGAGAUUGCUGCACAUGGAUUCAUGCUUUUGGCCGAAAGAGUUCGUAACGAGGAAGAACGAAGAGCCGUCAAGGAGGUUAUUGAAAAAGUCUUCAAAGUUAGACUUAAUCCCCAGGACCUUUACUCCGCAGAACUGGCACCUGAGCUAAAGGAUAUUGCUCAUCGGGCUAAUGCUCAAGGCGUUGUUUGGACUCACGCAAUCAGGAGGUUGUAUGUGCUGGUAUCUCGAGCGUUGCAGAAUAACGAGCCGGUUCUCUUGGUUGGUGAAACUGGAUGCGGCAAAACAACAGUUGUCCAGCUGCUCGCAGAGAUUCUAGGCAGACAAUUGCAUAUUGUGAAUGCUCACCAGAAUACAGAGACUGGAGAUAUCAUUGGUUCUCAACGUCCUAUCCGAAACAGGGGCGCCAGCAUUGAGGCGCUGGAUGCUGAUGUGACUGAGGUCUUGAGACACUGCAAUGUCGAUGUAUCUGGCACGGCAGCAGAUAGGCUGGAGAGAUACAAAUCCCUCGAUAAAACAUUCCUUGAUGGCAUCCCUGAGCAGACAAAAGAGAGAAUUGCGUCGAACGAGACCAGGAGCAUGGCUUUGUUCGAGUGGUCCGAUGGUGCUCUUGUUGAGGCUAUGCGAGGCGGUCACUUCUUUCUCCUCGAUGAGAUUUCAUUGGCUGACGAUUCGGUUCUGGAACGACUCAAUUCCGUUCUAGAGCCUCAGAGAACGCUUCUUUUAGCUGAAAAGGGAGUGGAUAACUCAUUCGUCGUUGGCGUAGACGGCUAUCAGUUCUUCGCCACCAUGAAUCCCGGAGGUGACUUUGGCAAGAAAGAGCUUUCUCCAGCCCUGCGAAACCGAUUUACCGAGAUUUGGGUUCCUCCGCUGUCAGAGAGCGAUGAUAUCUAUGACAUUACUAGGACGAAGUUGGUCGAGGCCGCCAAGAGCUAUGCUGAAGCUGUGGUACAGUUUGCGGCUUGGUUUGGCGCUACGUUUCGACCGAUGGCCACUGCUCCAUUCUCAGUGAGAGAGGUUCUUGCUUGGGUUCAAUUCAUCAAUGCAUCGGCAGAUCAGGACGUCGUGCUAUCAAUAGUUCAUGGAGCUGCUGCUAUCUUUAUUGAUAGCUUGGGUGCCAACCCAUCCGCUAUUUUGGCAACAGACAUUAACGCGAUCCACCGCCAACGGGUAGACUGUUUACACAAGCUGGGGCAACUUCUUGGCCGGGAUGUUUCUGCUACUUACCAGACUCAACCUGAACUCGACGUCACAGAAUCUCACUUGACCAUUGGAGGAUUCAGCGCAGUUCGAACAGCAGAUGCUUCUAAUCCUUCAAGUUUUGCCUUCCAUGCGCCAACUACUCGUCUAAACGCCAUGAGAGUGAUACGAGCGAUGCAAACCCAAAAGCCUAUCUUGCUAGAAGGUAGCCCUGGUGUUGGAAAAACAUCUCUUGUGGUUGCCUUGGCGCAAGCCUGCGGCCGGCCAUUGACCAGAAUCAACCUGUCAGAUCAAACUGAUCUAAUGGAUCUCUUCGGAACAGAUGUCCCAGUUGAGGGUGAAGAAGCAGGUAACUUUGCAUGGAGAGAUGCACCGUUCCUCCAAGCAAUGCAAAAGGGUGAAUGGGUUCUUCUCGACGAAAUGAACCUUGCUUCUCAGUCUGUAUUGGAGGGUUUGAACGCCUGUUUGGAUCACCGUGGCGAAGUAUACAUCUCUGAACUCGAUCAAGUGUUCAAGCGCCAUCCAAACUUCCGUCUCUUUGCUGCUCAGAAUCCCCACCACCAGGGUGGCGGCCGUAAGGGACUUCCAGCUUCAUUCGUCAACCGAUUCGUCGUUGUAUAUGCCGAUGUCUUCAAAGAUCAUGAUCUCAAAUUGAUCGCCAGCCAUAGCUUCCCGCAGCUGUCCGCUGAGGUCAUCAGUUUGCUGAUCCAAUUUGUAACACAGAUUGAGCACCAUCUUCUGGUCGAAAAGACUUUUGGUGCGCAAGGUAGUCCGUGGGAGUUCAACCUCCGAGAUGUCCUUCGAUGGCUCAACCUACUGAGCUCGUCCGACCCGCUCCUGAAGACUCGCCAUGUUGAAGACUUCCUUGACAUCGUAAUUAGGCAGCGUUUCCGCACUGAAGCCGACCGUGCUGAAGUAGACAAGAUAUUCCGGCACGUUAUCAGCUGGCAACCCCGCUCUCGCCACUUCUACCAUGAUCUUGGGUCUCGAUUUGGCCAAGUUGGUCUUGCUUUACUAGACAGGAACUUGAACUCCCAGCCAGAGAGACUUCCUAGUAUUGACAUUGUACCAAGGCUCCCGGAGCUCGAAUCCAUUAUGCUCUGUGUGAAGCAGAAUAUUCCUUGUAUUCUCAGCAGCCCUUCGGGAUACGGCAAGUCUGUGCUGUUGAAAUAUGUCGCAGCACUCGCCGGAAAGCCCCUAGUCGUGUUCCCCAUGAAUGCAGACAUUGAUACCAUGGAUUUGGUUGGUGGCUUUGAACAAGCGGAUCCCCUGAGAGAGAUCAAUGCCACUCUCCGGAACCUGAGAGAUUUCCUUCAGGAUUCAGUCAUGUCGGUUGUUCCUGCACAGGCCCCAAGUGAGGUGCUACAGCUGCUUCAUCAGCUCGACAACUACAAUGGCGAUAGUGAAAGCAUCUUCACUAUUAGAACUACGAUAGAGGCUUUACUCCAGCAGAUUGCUGCCGGUUCUGAAGUGUCCCUCUCGCUUUCUCGUACUCUGGAGAUUCUUCACAGCCCUCUGGUGCUCUCGAAUCCUCGAUUCGAGUGGCUAGAUGGUGUGAUUGUCAAGGCUUUGGAGACUGGCCAGUGGCUAGUGUUGGACAAUGCUAACAUGUGCAAUGCUUCCGUUUUGGACCGAUUGAACUCGUUGCUUGAGCCCAAUGGAUUCCUCAGCAUCAAUGAGCACUGCGGCCCAGGAGGAGAACCUAGGAUCGUCAAACCUCAUCCUGAGUUCCGAAUUUUCUUGACCAUGGAUCCUCGCCAUGGUGAGCUUUCUCGUGCCAUGAGGAACCGUGCUAUUGAGAUUCACAUCUAUACCCCGCCGCCGGUCCUAGAUGCGUCCCUUGCUAGGAUGUCGCAUGUUGAGAGCUCUCUCCAGCGAUAUCUCAAGUCCACAGAAUACUCGGAGUCACUGCUAUCUGAGGGUGUUGAUCCGGAGGCCAGUCUGGUUUCUCUGGAGAAUCUUUCUAUCCAGGACGUUGCUCUUCUUCCAAGAUUCGUCAAUUCGAUGACAACAGAACGUGCAUCAUACCUAACCCUCGUGCAAGAAUUUUUGACGCUUCUACAAUCGCCACUUGGAUCGCGAUUACAGCUAUCUCUCAGAGAACUGUAUUCGAACUUGGCUGGUGCUGCCUCGGAUGCACUGGCAAAUGCUCAGCCAUUACACCCUCUCAACAAUAUGACUGUCAGCAACAUGCUUCCCUCGGUUGAUUUGGCUAGGUGGAAUGCAGCUCGUUAUGAUACAUACCGACACUUGUAUCACAUCCAAAGCGUUCUUGACUCGCAGCAGACACAAGCUCGCUCGGACUCUACUGUGAAGUUGGCUACGUUUGUCUCUUCAAUUUUGACUGCUCUGACUGAGUUUUUCGGGCUUGAAAUGCUGUCUCAUGAUACUUGGGAGGGUACUCAGUUUAUUAGAGCUAUUCGAUACUACAUGGACCGCACAAUUGCCCUUGCAACAAAGGGUGAUUUUGACGAGGCCGUAUUCCAGGCCCAUUUGGCACAGGGUACAGCGCUCCUAGGGAAACAGAUCCUGGCUGCGAAAUCCGACAAUAACCGUCAGCUUUCAACCUACAUACUAGGAAGAUUGGAGGACGACUUUGACGGCGGAUUCAAACUGAGUACCGGUUUGAGUAUGGAAUUGCUCUGGAACCUGAUGAGACCAAUCCCUAUUCCUGAUAAGUCGGUUCUUGAUCGGUCCGUUGAACUUGACCGACUGGGCGCUAGAUUUGAUAACCUACGAUGGAAGGCUGGAGCCUCUGUUGUUGAUUUGUCGAAAGCUCAGCAGACUCUCGAGCAAGCUUACAAAAUUAUCAGAGACGGCGUCGUUGCAACGGAUGGAUUGGUCAAAGACCUCAUCACUGGAAUUGAGUCUCUGGAGAGCCGUAUUGCUGACGAAGAAGCCGAACUGUUGCCAUUUUUGGCGAAUGAAUUCGAGUCUUUGAGACAAUUCGACAUUCUUCGAUCUGUUUCGCCCAAUAUUAUUCUAGAGAGCGGAUUCCGGGAUCUCUACAUUUUGUCAAAUGUUCCAACCAAAACCAGAUUAUCGCUUGAUCAAUUCCCAUGGGAUGGAACGUUUACACCCAUCUUGUGGUCGAAGUUGCAGUCUAUGGGUGGAGUUAGUCUUGGAUCUCUGGCAUUGCUUGAUGUGGAGUUGCCAGCUAUGGGACGACAUGUGGCUUCGCUGUCUGCUGAAGUCGCUGCCGACCCGCUACCAAAGCUGAACAAUAUUCUUCAGCAGCUGAUUUUCGAAGUAUUUGGCGCGCAUUCAGCGAGCCUCAAAGAAGCUGCUAUUCACGCCUAUCUCAACGCAGAGGAACAAGCCAAGACCAACGGCGAUGUGGCUCAGGUAGCUGAACAGCAUCUAAUUCCGGCCAUGGCUUCUCUGCUAGCGAAGAAAAACGAUGAUCGACACACAUAUUUGUCUGCACUGGCAUGGACUCACUUCAGCGUUGGCGUUCUGAAGCUCUACGUGCCUGAUCGCGUCUUCGAUCCUCAGCUACGCCCAAAGAUGGAAAGAGAGUUCUUUGAGGAGCUUCAGAAUGGUAUUGCUGACAAGAUAUCUUCUCUUAUCGCAUUUGAAAGCAAAUUUACUGGACAGAAGACAAACGAGCGUAUUGAAUUGCUCAGCCAGGAGCUUUCUAGUAUGGGCCCGUUACCUGAAGAGGUCCAGCCAGUAUUCCGACCAGAGCAGUCAGAGCUUAGCCGACUGCAUGCAGAAUUUUCUAACAUCCUGAAGGCUAUCACAAGCCCAGCUCUUCGAGCAGCGCUAGAGUUUUCUGACAACAUCAACUCUUCAGUUGACAGGGAAGGGUUGGUACUGGUAAAGGAAAACGUCAAGAGGCUACAAGAUCGACUUACAGCUCGAUUUGAAGCAUACCAGGAUAUGACCAGGCCUGCUGCGAACCUCUUGCAGUGCCUGCGCGUCGGUCUAUCACUCUAUGAUGCAGCCGCAGCUUCAUCGCUGACAUCGCCUACAUCCCAGCUUCUAGAUAUGACGCCGUUCUUCGGAGGGUCAACCUGGGAUGUCACCAUGCAGUCCUCUUUUGAGAAGAACUUUGAGUUCCUCAGUCUUGUCCGAGUUGCUGUGAAUAUUGAAGGAAGCGAAAGUUUCCGACCGGGCAUACGAGAGGCUAUUUUCGAAUGCUUCCAUGGGUUUUACGACGAGUGGAGCAAGAAACUCGAAGCAGACCGAAAGGCAGAAGAGACAAAGGGCAGCAUCUACCAAUUCCGUGGUUCCUUGGAGGAUGAGGAAGAAAUCGAUGAACAGGAAUUUAACGAGCUGUUCCCGACAUAUGAUGCUGAUAAAGAGACUGUUAGCCCAGGAAACAAGAAGGACACUGUUCGUAACAUGUCUCUAAAGGUUGCCGAAGCUCACAGGAAGAUCUUCCUGGAUAGAGAGGAUGCCCAAGUCUCGAUUCAAAAUUUGAGCAGAGAUGUGGGCAAUAGGGUUGCGAACGAAACCAAGAAUCAGUCAUACCUUGAUCGUGGACUGAACAACAGAAUGCUCGCAAGCACAACGCUUCUCCUUGACGACAAGCUCAAUGGGCUGCAAACAUCUGAGAAGGAUAAGUCGUACAGCUUCUAUACUAGCCCCAACUUGCCUGAAGCCCGACAACUUGUGAUUCUGAUUGGCAAGAUCAAGGCUAGGUUCCGCGAACUGCAGCUGGUUGAUGAGAUUGGCCACAUGCAGCCGCUGGCGGACGUCAUUCAGAGCUGUAACAACGUUCUUGAGCUCAUCCAUGAAGAUCCCCUAGCCAAGAUAUUACCUAAGGUAGAGCAUCUACACGCGCACGUUUAUGAAUGGCAAUUCGGCGGUUGGGCUAGUAAGGUGUAUGCUGUUCUGUCGCUCUAUAACGCGCUCACGGAUACUAUUGUUCGCUGGCGACGAUUGGAGCUGUCAACAUGGGCCAAUCUAUUUGAGACGGAACAAACAAAAUGCCAAGAGGACGCCUAUUCAUGGUGGUUUAUCGCCUACCAAGUGGUCGUUGCUGUUCCCCUCUCCAUGGUUGAUUCUCCCGCUGAACUGCAAGAGUAUACUGUGUCGCUUAUCCAGAGCUUGGAGACGUACUUUUUGACCUCCAUCGUUGGGCAAUUCGCAACUCGUUUGUCGCUUUUGCGACAGCUACAGAGCCACCUUCAGCUCCUCAUUCAAGACUACCCCAGCCUGACAGUCAUCUUCCAUGCUCUCACAAAUUUCAUUUUCUACUUUACCCGUUACGAGAAGGCUGCCGAGGCUGCUAUCCAGAAGGGCCGGGCCUCACUCGAUAAGAAAAUGAAAGAUGUGCUUCUUAUGGCUAGCUGGAAAGAUACCAACAUUAAUGCUCUCCGGGAUAGCGCCAAGAGAUCUCACCAGAAGCUUUUCAGAAUCGUUCGAAAAUUCCGUGGCAUUUUGGGCGCGGAAAUGAAAAUGGUUAUUGAGCAGGGUCUUCCUGAUGAGUCGUCAUCUCAACCAGCAGCUGUGGCAGGCCAAGUUGGCGAAAUCGAAGUACCUGAUGCCGCUGUUGAGUCGCUAAAUGGAGCACUCCCCGGUUGGCUGGAAAAACACAAACGUCUCGGCAACGUAGUAAAGACGUCUUUGGACGCAUAUCUUGUUAGCUUGGAAGAGUCAAUGGCAGAGCUGAAGAAAGAAACCCCGUCAACUCUGACCGACGAGAAUAAAGAGCAGGUCAAGCAUAUGAAGACAAGGAAGCGCAAGCUAUUUGCCGAUACACUACGAGAUCUCCGCGGUAUGGGUCUACGAUACAACCUUGGCCAGGAUAACUUGGCUGAGCAAGAAUCGUUGUCUGUUGUGCUUGCUUCUACUGCGCCAUUGGAAUUUUCUAAUUCCGGCAUUUUAAGCGAAGCAGAGUAUUACUUCCACAAGACUCUGGAUCUCGCUCCAAAGGCUCGAAACGCAGCUCGAGAGCAUUCUGAAGAUUUGACUGGCGCCGAGGUCGCGCGAAGCAUUGGCUUCGUUGAAGGGUUUAUUCACUUCGCCUUGUCCCAGCGAAACAGCCUUGCGAGCAUCAUGUCUGCUUUCGGAUCACUCAAAAAGGCGAUAUUCCAGUUCCAAGACCUGGGUAAAUUCCAAAGCCUAGGUGGUCUAUCUCGAAGCCAAGGAAUCACUGAUUUGUCACGUUUCCUCCCAUGGACCGUGCAAGGACUGAAAUUUGCCAUCCACUUGCUAGGCGUUCACGGCAAAUUGGGCAAGCUUGAUCACAGUGCAUUGGUUCAAAAGCUGCAGACGUGGUUAGAAACCAUUGAGAAUCACGCAAAGAGACUGGGCGAAUUGGCCAAGCUUCCUGCACUGCUGACGUCCGAUGUCCAUACUAAGCUACACGAAGAUGUGACAAGGGAUUUAGCCGAGCUGCAGUCAACUGUUAGCGAGGCUAUUCAGAGCAACCCUGGUGUUGGCUUCAUUCUUCAGCAACUCCGUGUCUGGAACCAUACGACCACUGAGCCCUUGGAAACUCGAGGCCAUACCAUGGACCUUUUGGGCUUUGCAGAAUCAGUUUCUACUCUGUGUGACACCGUUUUGGUGGCCGUUGAGAAUGCAAAGAAAGCCGGAGCAGAGAUUCCAAGGAAAGAGGAUGAGGCAGCCUGGUUGAAGAAGCAUAGCGACGCCUAUCUCUCCAUGAUUAAUCAGCUUCACAUGAAGAACGUGGAGAAGACAAUUGAGCAAUGCAUUCGCGCCUUGCAGAAAAUCGAUCUAGGACAGCCACUGGCAAGCAUGGCCGCAAUGAGUGCUAUUACCGUCGCAUCGCCAAUCCUGAAUCAAUUCACGGCAUUAUGCGAACAAUCAAUUACGGCCGGUGUGGAUAUCCAUCGUGCUACUGUUAAGAUGGGAUAUGGCAUGACAAAAGCUUUCACGCAAAUCGCUUCACAGGGAUUCUGCACGCCGCAAGAAAAAUCGGACGAGAAAUCAGGUGCCGAAGGCAAGUUGGAAUCUGGCACUGGUCUUGGCGAUGGUGAAGGCGCUGAAGAUAUUAGCAAAGAUAUCCAAGCUGACGAGGACCUUUCUGAGCUUGCACAAGAGGCGAAUAAGGAGAAGGACGGUGAGAUGGAAGAUGAAAAGGACGCAGUCGAUAUGGCAGAUGAGGAACUGGAAGGAGAUAUGAACAGUGUGGAUGGCGCUGAGGAAGAAGACGAAGACAAGUCUCAGAAGGGAGAUGAGGAAGAGGAAGAGGAUGCUAUGGAUGAAGAGGCUGGUGAUGUGGAUGACCUUGACCCCACUGCCGUUGACGAAAAGAUGUGGGAUGGCGAUGAUGAAAAGGCAGAGAAAGACCAGGAGGGCGAUAAAGCAAAGGAUCAGGAUCAAGACCAAGAUCAAGAUCAAAAGCCCGAUGGCGAAGAACCCGAGGAGCCUGAGGCCGAAGACGUAGGGGCAGAGGAAGAGGAUGUGCAAGCAAAGGAAGAGCUAAACCGCCAAGACCAAACAGUGGAGGAGAACGACGCACUGGAGCUUCCCGAAGACUUGGAUAUGAAUCUCGACGAAAAUGACGCAGAGGGCUCAGAUGAGGAUGACUUGGAUCUCAUGUCGGACAUUGAAGAAGACAAAGAGCAAGAAGAGCAGCCUAAAGAUGCGGAGGCAGUUGAUGAUGAGAAGAUGGAAGAGGACGCAGAGCAACAAGUAGAGCCAGAGACUGCGGUUGAGGACGAGGUGAGCGAGGCGGAGGAGAUUGAAGAGAACGUCGGCGUCGACGAGAUUCAAGAAGAAGCAGAGCCUGAGCAAGAGGAAGAGAAGAAGGAUGAAGAACAACCAGACGAGAGCCAUCCAGAUCAGACGCCUAAUAAGCAAGAGGAGACCAAGGCAGACAAGGAGAAUGCGGCACCAAGCGAUGUCAAGAGUUCCGGAAUCGACCAAAACGCAGAUUCCAUGGACAUGGAUGACGAAUUCCAAGCCAAGGCAGCUCAGCAAGAUGAAGGUGACAUGGGAGAUGGCGCAGCGGACCAGGAUACAAGCGCUGGCAACAAAGGAGCUACAUCACGGUCGAAGGAGGCGGUGGACAAGCCUGAAGACGGCGAUGCUCAGGAAGAAGCCCGCAGCGACCCGUUCAAGAAACUGGGCGACGCACUGGAGAGAUGGCACCGCCAACAACAGGACAUUAAGGAUGCCAAUCCCGAAGAAGAGCAGCAGCACGGGCCGGAAGCUGAAGAGCAAGGCCAGCGCGAAUUCCAGCACCUGAAGGACGACCAAGCAGCCGAGGAUACUCAGGCUCUUGGCACAGCGGACAACGAAGAGGCACAACCCCUGGAUGAGUCUAUGGCAAUUGACGAGGAGAAGCAAGACCCAACCAGCCACGUCAUGGACGGAGAUGAAGAGGAGAAGGAAGAUGCAGAGCUUGACAAGAUGGACCUCAGUGAGCCAGCAGAGGACGACAAAGAAGCGGGCAUGAAUGAUGUGGACGACAGUCGCACUGGCGUGAAGACGAGACAGGGUGCCUACAACAAGGAGCCUACGUCUGAAGAAGAGGAAGAAGAGGACCAGAAGCUCAAGGUCGAAGAGGAAGAAGAAGACGUACAAGACGCAUCCGCCCAGCUCUCGACAACUCACCUUUGGGAGGAUCAACGACCCUUGCGCGACUUUUCGCAGUGUCUUGAGCAGUGGACCGAACUUCAGACCAAGUCUCACAGCCUGUCGCUGUCGCUAACAUCCCAGCUGCGGCUGAUUCUCACGCCGUCGCAGUCUACCAAGCUGUCGGGAUCGUUCCGCACCGGAAAGCGACUCAACAUCAAGCGCAUCAUCCCUUACAUUGCCUCGAGCUACAAGCGAGACAAGAUCUGGAUGCGGCGCAGCAUCCCGACGAAGCGGACGUACCAGAUCAUGCUGUGCGUGGACGACAGCAAGAGCAUGGGCGAGUCGUCGUCUGGCGCGCUGGCAAUGGAGUCGUUGGUCAUGGUGUCGCGAUCCCUGACGAUGCUCGAGGCUGGUCAAGUGGGCGUGCUGGGCUUCGGCGCCGACGUCUUCACGGCGCAUCAGCUGACGGAUCCCUUUGGCUCGGAUGCGGGUGCCAAGGUUCUGCAGCGGUUCUCGUUUGGCCAGGACAGGACGGACAUUGCGCUGCUGAUCCGGCAGACCAUUGACACGUUCCGCACGGCACGACAGCGGUCGAGCGGAGGAUCGGAUCUGUGGCAGCUCGCGCUGAUCCUUUCAGACGGCCUAACGCCGUCGUCGGCCCACGAUUCCAUCCGGCGGCUGCUGCGAGAAGCCAUGGAGGAGCGCAUCAUGAUUGUCUUCAUCAUCAUGGACGACACGGGCAAGAAGAAGGGCGACAGCGUGCUGGAGCUCAAGGAGGCCAAGUUUGUCAGCGAGGGGGGCGAGAGCCGGGUCGUGAUUGAGCGGUACCUGGACACGUUCCCCUUCCAGUACUACCUGAUUGUGCAUAAUCUGGAGGAGCUGCCGAGCGCCCUGGCGGGAUUGCUGCGGACGUGGUUUGCAGAAGUGGCAUCAUGA